AUGGAUGCCAGGAAAGCCCAUAAAGCCUCCUCUUCAUCCUCACCAUCCUCCUCAUCAAAACGUUGGAAGUACCAAGUAUUCUUGAGCUUCAGAGGUGAAGACACACGCAAGGGCUUCACAGGCCACCUCCACGCCGCAUUAUCUGAUGCCGGAAUCCGCGCCUUUCUUGACGACAACGAGCUAGAAAGAGCGGAAUUUAUAAAAACCCAACUGGAGCAGGCAAUCGACGGGUCCAUGAUCUCCAUAAUUGUCUUCUCCAAGAGUUAUGCCGAUUCCACUUGGUGUCUUGACGAGCUGGUGAAGAUCAUGGAGUGUAGAGAAAGAUUGGGGCAACAGGUUAUUCCCUUGUUCUAUAAUGUUGAUGCUUCAGAUGUCCGGAAACAAACUGGUAGUUUUGCACUAGCAUUUGAGAAACAUGAAGCGGGCAUCUGUGAAGGUAAACAUGAGAAAGAAAAGGUAAAGCGGUGGAGAAAUGCUCUCACUCAAGCUGCAGAUUUGUGUGGGGAAGAUCUUAAAAAUGCUGACAAUGGGCAUGAAGCAAAGUUUAUCAAGAAAAUUCUUGGGGAGGUUAAUAAGCAGUUGUACAGCAAAUUCCAAUUAGACAUCGAACACCUUGUUGGAAUUACUUCUCGGCUGAACGAUGUUGUUCGCAUGAUUGGUAUUGAAAAUUCAGGUUCUAAGGAUGUUGUUCGCAUGAUUGGUAUUUUGGGGAUGGGCGGCAUUGGAAAAACAACGCUUGCCACAACCGUUUAUAACAAAUUUGAACGUAUCUUUGAAGGCAGGAGUUUCCUUGCAAACGUGAGGGAAGUAAUUGCACACCAACCCUUUAAUGGUCUGGUUGGUUUGCAAGAACAACUUCUAAAUGAUAUCUUGAAAAGCCAGGGCAUAAAGGUUGGCUCUGUUGCUAAAGGGAUCGAUAUGAUAAGAGCAAGACUUUGCUGCAAAAGAGCACUUGUAAUAAUUGACGAUGCAGAUGAUCUACAGCAACUAAAAGCAAUAGCUGGAGCUCGUGAUUGGUUUGGUCCUGGAAGUAGAAUUGUUAUAACAACAAGAAAUAAACAUUUGCUAGAGCAAGUUGGAGUGGAUGGCACAUAUAUGGCUGAAGAAAUGGAUGAAAAAGAUGCUCUAGAGCUCUUUGGUUGGCAUGCCUUUGAAAGUGGUUAUACUAAUCAAGAAUAUCUUGACCUCUCAAUACGUGUAAUUCGUUACUGUCGAGGCUUGCCUCUAGCACUUCGAGUUGUAGGGUCUUUUCUGAUUAAAAGAUCCACAGCGGAGUGGGAAAGCCAUUUGGAGAAAUUGCAAAGAAGUCCUGAUGGAGAUAUUCAAAAAAUACUCAGAAUAAGCUUUGACGGUCUACCUGAUCAGGAAAAGAGAGAGAUAUUCCUUGAUAUAUCUUGUUUCUUUAUAGGAAUGGACAAGGACUAUGUAACACAAAUAUUAGAUGGAUGUGGCUUUUCUGCAACGAUAGGAAUCAGUGUCCUCAUUGAACGGUGCCUUGUAACUGUUAGUGAGGAAAACGAGCUGAUGAUGCAUGAUUUGCUUCAAGACAUGGGAAGAGAGAUCGUUCGUGAAAAUGGCCGAGGCCAUCCUGAAAAAUUUAGUAGAUUGUGGAAACAUGAAGACAUAACAAAUGUAUUGAGCGAUGAAUCUGGAACUAAAAAAAUUGAAGGAGUUGUUCUAGAUUCGGAUCUAGAUUUGACUAGACUUUCGUCCAAAAAAAAAUAUUUGACUAGAUUCAGUGCACAAGCAUUUACCAACAUGAAAAAACUGAGGUUACUCCACCUCAGAAGAGUAGAACUCACUGGAGAGUUCAAAGAUUUUCCCAAAAAUUUAAUGUGGUUGAGCUGGCAUUAUUUUCCUUUAGAGUCCAUGCCAGAUGACUUUCCUAUGCAACCAAAACUAGUUGCUUUAGACCUGCAGUAUAGCGAACUCAAAAUAGUUUGGAAGGAUUGCAAGUUGCAUGAGAAUCUGAAAAUCCUUAAUCUCAGCCAUUCCGAAGAGCUAACAAAAUCACCAGACUUUUCAAAUCUCCCAAAUCUCGAGGAAUUGAUAUUGGAAGGUUGUCUGAGUUUGUCUGAGGUUCACUCAUCCAUCGGGGAUCUUGGAAGACUUUCUUUGGUAAAUCUUGAAGACUGCAAAAUGCUAAAAGAUCUCCCACUGAAUUUCUAUAAAUCCAAGUCUAUUGAAACUCUUCUACUUAAUCGUUGUCCAAGUUUUCAAAACUUGGCUGAUAGCUUAGGGGACAUGGUAUCAUUGACAAUUUUGGAAGCAGGUUACACAGCCAUCAGAGAAAUUCCAUCUUCCAUAGUAAAAUUGAAGAAGUUGAGAAUUUUAUUACUCAGUGGCUGCUGCCAGUUAACUGAGGAUGCAAUCCCUAAGGAUCUAUGUAGCCUAAUUUCCUUAGAAGAUCUGCUUCUUGGAAACAAUAAUUUUCGUAGCCUGCCAAGUCUCGCUGGUCUUUCAAAGCUCAAGUUCUUGUGUUUAAAUGCAUGCAGAAGACUUCUUGCAAUCCCAGAUUUACCAACCAAUUUGUAUGUUCUGAAAGCAAUUUGCUGCCCAAAUUUGGAAACAAUUCCAGAUUUUUCAAAAAUGUGGAAUAUGAGAGAAUUGUAUCUAAGUGAUUCGUUCAAACUCACUGAGGUUCCAGGCUUGGAUAAGUCAUUGAACUCCAUGACAAGGAUUCAUAUGGACGGCUGCACCAAUCUGACUGCCGAUUUUAGGAAGAACAUACUACAGGGAUGGACUUCUUGCGGAUAUGGUGGCAUUUUUCUCAGUGGAAAUGAUAUUCCUGAUUGGUUCCACUGUGUUCAUGACGAUGAUAUUGUGUAUUUCACUGUGCCUCAAAGUGUUGGUCGUAUUUUGAAAGGGUUAACUUUGUCCUUCGUUUGCUCUUCAGCCAUAUACGGUUGUCAUAUUAGCAUUAAAAACAUGACCAAGGGUACUGAGCUUGACUCCAGGAUCGCACCCUUUUGUCCAAUUAAAGGUUAUUAUCUUUGGCAGGGACAGUUAUCAAAUGACGAGCUCAAAUUGCAAGACGGUGAUAAAGUCUUGAUUGAAAUAAGAGUGAGGGCGAAGGAGAAAGUGAAAAAAACAGGUGUUAGUCUGGUAUGGGACAAAGUUAUGAACGAAAAUAUGAUUGAUUACCAUCUCUGCUGCAGGUUAACUGAUCUUGCCAAGUCUCGCUGGCCUUUCAAAGCUCAAGAGGUUCCAGGCUUGGAUAAGUCAUUAAACUCCAUGACAAGGAUUCAUAUGGAAGGCUGCACCAAUCUGACUGCCGAUUUUAGGAACAACAUCCUACAGAGAUGGACUUCUUGCGGAUUUGGUGGAAUUUAUUUGAAUGUAAUUUAUGAUAUUCCUGAGUGGUUCAAAAUCGUCAAUCAUGUGGACAGUAUCGUCUUCUUCGAAGUUCUUCAAAGAAUCAUGGGUCGUGAUUUAAAAGGGUUGACUAUGUGCUUCGUUUACUCUUCAGACAGGCCAAAACUUGAAGAUUCUCAAGUUCCUAUUGACAUUAUCGUUAGAAAUCUUACCAAACAAACUGCUUUGCACACCAAGAUAGCAUUUGCCUCCUUAAAACCUGAAGACGAUUCCAGUCAAUCUGAAGACGAUUAUCUUUGGCAGUCAAACGAACCUGAAGACCAUUAUCUUUGGCAGGGACAGUUGUCAAACGAUGUGCUCCAUUUGGAAGGCGGUGACCACAUAUCGAUUCUUGUAAGUCCUAAUGAUGUUGAUUUUGUGAGAGUGAAGAAGACAGGGGUUCAUCUAGAAUGGGACAAAGUCAUGAAGGAAAAUAUGGAUAAUCCGGAUCCUCAUUUGGGGGUUGAUGGCGCAUUUUUCGGGGGCAGUGUUAUACAUGAACAAUUAGCAGUGGAACCAUAUCUGGAUUUUUUUGGGGAAACUGAUAAUGAGGCAAGACGGAGCCAUGACGCACGGCCGGAUGAUGGAGCAGGACGGAGCCAUGACACAUUUGUUCGGACUAAUCAAUCGAGUGCUGUGGAUGAACAAUUAGCAUUGGAGUUGAUGAGUCCAUUUCAAGAAUUUCAAGAAAUUGUUGUCACAGACGAAUGGUAA